UCUUCCGGCCAGCAGUUUAAGCUCGAUCUCAGCUCGCUGGCUACUGAUAUCAGCUGGUUUGACGGCGAGGACACUGAUGGUCCGCUUCCCGGGAGAAGUUAUCGUAUAUAUUAAUAUGAGAUAAAAACAAAGACACCCGGAAUAGCGGUUUACUAAGUCAUAAAAGUACUUUUAAAAGUAAUUUUCAUUGGAGUCGUGCUUAUAUAAGUGAUUGGUGUUGGUGAAAUUUAAACCUCAGAGGAACAGAACAGAACCGCACGGGUUCCAGUUUAUUAGUUAAUAUUUUUUAGAUUUUCGUGAUAGACUUUCUUCUGCAUCUUUAAAGACGGGAAAAGACUCAGGCACCAUGUUCAGAGACGGGAGGAAAAAAAAUCCCGAACUUUUUCAGACGGUCUCGGAAGGAUUGCGAAAGCUGUACCGGACCAAACUCUUCCCUUUGGAGGACGCUUACCGCUUCCACGACUUUCACUCGCCGGCUCUCGAAGACGCCGACUUUGACAACAAGCCCAUGGUGCUGCUGGUGGGUCAGUACUCCACCGGCAAGACCACAUUCAUCCGGCACCUAAUGGAGCAGGACUUCCCCGGUAUGAGGAUCGGUCCGGAGCCAACCACGGACUCCUUCAUAGCGGUCAUGUACGGCGAGCAGGAGGGGCUGGUACCGGGCAACGCUCUGGUGGUCGACCCAAAAAAGCCGUUCCGAAAACUCAACGCCUUUGGCAACGCUUUCCUCAACAGGUUUGUGUGUGCCCAGAUGCCCAAUCCGGUGCUGGAGAGCAUCAGCAUCAUCGACACCCCGGGCAUCCUGUCUGGCGAGAAGCAGAGGAUCAGCAGAGGCUACGACUUUGCUGCCGUGUUGGAGUGGUUUGCAGAGCGGGUCGACCGCAUCAUCCUCCUCUUCGAUGCACACAAGCUGGACAUCUCUGAUGAGUUCUCGGAGGUGAUCCGGGCCCUGAAGAACCAUGAGGACAAGAUGCGCGUGGUGCUCAACAAAGCUGACCAGAUCGGGACCCAGCAACUGAUGCGGGUCUACGGCGCCCUCAUGUGGUCGCUGGGCAAAAUCGUCAACACUCCGGAGGUCAUCCGCGUCUACAUAGGAUCCUUCUGGUCUCAGCCGCUUCUGGUGCCCGACAACCGCAAACUGUUCGAGGCGGAAGAGCAGGACCUGUUUCGCGACAUCCAAAGCCUUCCACGGAAUGCUGCCCUCCGCAAGCUCAAUGACCUCAUCAAGCGUGCUCGCCUUGCCAAGGUUCACGCAUACAUCAUCAGUGCCUUAAAGAGAGAGAUGCCCAACAUGUUUGGCAAAGAAAACAAGAAGAAGGAGCUGAUCGCCAACCUGGGGGAGAUUUACCUGAAGGUCGAGAAAGAGUAUCAGAUAUCACCCGGCGACUUCCCAAACAUCAUAAAGAUGCAGGAGAUCCUAAGCAUCCACGACUUCAGCAAAUUCCAGUCUAUGAAGCCCAAGCUGAUGGACGCCGUGGAGGACAUGCUGGCCAAUGACAUCGCUAAGCUCAUGACCCUGGUCCGCCAGGAGGAAUCCGCCAUGCCAAGCCAAUUGGUCGAAGGGGGCGCCUUCGACGGGACCAGCAACGGUCCCUUCGGGCAUGGCUACGGAGAGGGCGCCAGCGAGGGCAUCGAUGAGCUGGAGUGGGUGGUGGCGCGUGACAAGCCCACAUACGAUGAGAUCUUCUACACGCUCUCGCCCGUCAAUGGCAAGGUGUCGGGCGCAAUGGCCAAGAAGGAGAUGGUCAAGUCCAAGCUGCCCAACACAGUGCUGGGAAAGAUCUGGAAGCUGGCUGAUGUGGACAGGGAUGGCUUCCUGGACAACGAGGAGUUCGCCCUGGCUAACCACCUGAUCAAGGUCAAGCUGGAAGGCCAUGAGCUGCCCGUUGACCUGCCUUAUCACCUCAUACCCCCAUCCAAACGACAUCAGGAGUGAGAGAUUCAAUGAGGAUGGAUGAGUGGAGGAAUUUUAGGAAUAACCACUCUGCGUGAAUGCUAAAGUCUGUCUAUAUAAAGGGAAAAUAAGCUAAUUUACUCCUCACUGUCAUUUACGAACACGAUUAAUUUUACUCUUGAAGUAGAUAAACCAAUGUUGUCCUCCCAUUUUAAUUAUUCUAAUAUUCAAAAUUAUAACACAAAACCUUGUAGUUUAAUAAUUUAAGAAUAAAAUAUAGCAUUUAUAGUCUUUUUAUAGCCUGUAUUUCUCCACUGAGUCCCGUUAUGCUGGAUUGUAAGGGCUGGAUUUGAGUUUUUUGGUGCCACACGAAGGAUCGUUUUGUAAGGUCGCCUUUCACUUUCACUUCUCGCUCACGUUUCUUGAUUCUAGGGUCACUGCUUUUCCAGUACAUCGGUUUGGGUUUCUAUGCUAGGGACAUGUCCCUACCAGUGUUGUGGGGGUACUGUGGGUUCAGGGGGGUUCGGGGCAGAUUCGGUCCUUAUCAGUGUGGAAACCAAACCUACGGCUACUGAUGUAUAGUUGAAAAUUAAGUAGCUUUGUAACUCAAAAGGCUUUGCAGCAAUGUUCCAGUGAGACUUGGGAUCAUCACAUGCAUGUAAUAGGAACUUCACCCUGGGGGGGCCAAAGCACGGACCUAGAAGAAAAGAGAGAAAUUUCAGUGCAGCCAAUACGUACUUAUGUAUGGAAAUGUAUAAAUGUGUGGAAAAUAUUUAGUAGUUAACUCGGAAGUGAUUUUUAAUUAAACCAGGAGCAGCUGUUUCUUUAAAACUAUGAAUUAAUGCUUGCCGCUAUUUUUAAAGUUACCUUCACUUUUCAUCACUUCAAAAUAAUUAAAUGAUUCUUUGACAGAUUAUAAA